CAAAACUAGCCGUUACCCGCCCUCCACCUUUAUUCCUUCAUAGUUCUCGUCGACAAUCGCCAUUUCCGCUCUCUUCGCAAAAGCAAACUCAAUCGAUAACUUUGUUUCUCGCAACUUCGAAUUGGAGAACCGAUUAGAGACUCUUGCCUUUGUUUCUUUCGUUAUGGCGUCCAAAACAGCAGCAAAAGAUAUCAUCACGCUCAGAGGCUCCGCCGCCAUUGUCAGCGAGUUCUUCGGUGUGGUUUGGUACAGUAUACUGUACAAUCGCGCGGUUUAUCCAGAAGAGAGCUUUGCCAGGGUCAAGAAAUAUGGGCUUCCCAUGCUGCUCACUAAGGAUGAAGGUGUUAAAUCCUUUAUUUCCAAUCUUAAUGCUCAGUUGUCAGAAUGGCUGGAAGCUGGGAAGUUGCAGAGAGUUGUUCUAGUGAUAAUGAGCAUGAAUACUGGCGAGGUUCUAGAGAGGUGGAAUUUCAGCAUUGAGACUGACAAUGAGGUUGUGGAGAAAGGGGUUUCCAGGGAGAAGAGUGAUAAAGAGAUCAUGAGAGAGAUACAGGCAAUCAUGCGCCAGAUUGCCUCCAGCAUUACUUACUUGCCAUGCCUGGAUGAACAAUGUGUAUUUGAUGUCUUGGCAUACACGGAUACUGAUGUAGCCGUCCCUUUUACUUGGAUGGAGAGUAGCGAUGCCAAACUGAUUGCCAACCCACAAAUGGUGAAGUUGCAUUCUUUUGAUACCAAGAUUCACAAGGUGAACACUCUUGUUUCGUACAAGAACGAUGAAGAAGAAUUGGAUGAUGAAGAGUAGACACGGAUCAGCAGAGCUCUCUCCCGAAUUGUUUCGAGAUUGGUUUCUUGUUUUCCCUUCCCCUGCAUCUUCUGCUGUGAAUCUUUUAUUCACAUUUUUUAAAGAGUUACGCAUAAGGGUUGUAGAAAUGACUACUUUGUAACUGUUCUUGACUCUCCAUCGAGAUGAAGUUUGGUGUCUGUUAUUGUAAUGAGAAAGGAACCAUGUGUACGAAUCGUUCUUUGCUGUUUUCCAUAUCUCAGAAGGACCCCAAAAAGCUGGACCAUUUCUAUUGUUCUGAUAACAAGCACAUAAUCUAGAUAUAGCUUAUUGUUCUAAUAAAAGAUGAUUGACUUAUUAUUAUACUUUGAACUCUUAUCCAUCAUACCAAGUUGUCACAAUCGUGACUGA